AUGGUGGACCGCAUCGCGCCCCAAUGCCCAAUGUGCAACGAGGUCGUCCCCUAUCCUCCCGGCGGCCGGUUGGAUCCCAACGAGGCGGUCGAGCGGCACAUUGCCGCGGGGUGCGAGUCGAUGGAAGGCGGCGCGGCGCGGAAGAAGGCGGUCCUGCGGCAGAAGAAGGCGCAGGGCAAGGUGUGCUGGCGUAGGGGGUGCUCCAAGUCGCUCAUUGUCGAGAUGCGCUGCGAGAGCUGUCGGCACAACUUCUGCCCCUCGCACAGGCAUCAGAAGGAGCACGACUGCAAGCCGGACCCCGUCCCCGCCACUCGCCCAGGUGCCAAGACGGCGGGCUCGCGCCUCCUCGGCCUGGGGGGCAAGAUGCCCUCCGUCUCCGUCCCUUCUGUCUCGGCCAGGAGCUCUGUUGCCUCGAAGCCGACGCCACCCAAGCAGCCGGCCGCGAUCCCAGCAGGGACGCAAGCGUCGGCGGGAGAACAGCUCGAUGCCCGCGCCGCUGCCGCCGCGGCUGCCAUGAAGCGCGCAGGAGGCAAUGUGAAAGUGCCCUUCGUCAAGACCAAGGCCGAGAAACGAGUUGCGGACCAGGAGAAGUCGCGCGAGAAGGCACUCGCGGCGAGGAAGGAGAAGGGCCUGCUCACCAAAGCCGACGAGGUCCGAUACGCCGAGAUGGUCGCGAAGAAGGAGGCGAGCAGGCGCAAGGGCGAGGACAAGGAUGGGUGUACCAUCGCCUAA